UUUCUUUCUUUAUUUGUAGGACCACAUUUAAAUGCAAUAUCACCAACACAGGUUGUAGAUAGUAUACAACGUACUAAAAAAGACACAUUACUAUCCACUUGACAACACUAAAAGCGUCAUACACUACAGCUGCAUUACUGGUAUUAAUGGUAUUUCUUAUUCAUUAAGGGAAAAAAAGUAUACAAAUAUGUAUGAAAUAUGUUGCAACAAUGUAAUUGACUUAAUAUGGUGAGAACCACUGAUUUAUGUGCUGUUCUUCGUGCUAUCUCCUCCACACACGCUCCGACAUGCUACUUCUUAGGCAAUGUCGAAGUAAAUGUUGACGUUUUCUUUUCUAUAUUCAGCGCAACAACAAAAAAAGAUGUAGUUCUGCACGUGAUUUUAUUUUGUUGUCGUGUUGAAAUGAAGGACGUGUUCAUCUUGCGACCCCAUUUACUCUCUGAAAGAUCAGCACCGGAAGACUGGUAACGCGAGGCGAUGAUCAUGCGCUAAAUCAACAGCGGGAGUUUCCUGUCUCGCCGCAGGAAUGCCAGGUGGAGACUACGGGGAGCUCGGGGGCAGCCUCCCUGGCAUCGGCUCCCUGAACGCCUCCUACUCAACGUCGCUGUCCUUCCCUUCCCCGUACCUGUUGGUACCACUCGCGGAGCGCAAGGCCAUCUCUGACGUUCGACGCACCUUCUGUCUCUUUGUGACGUUCGACCUGCUCUUCAUCUCCCUUCUCUGGAUUAUUGAGCUGAAUAUCUCCACCUCAAUCUGGGACAGCUUGAAAAAUGAAGUGGUCCUUUAUAACUACAGGUCUUCCUUCUUUGACAUCUUUCUGCUCGCCUUGUUUCGGUUCCUGUGUCUACAAGUGGGCUACGCUGCAUUUCGGUUGAAGCAUUGGUGGGUUAUUGCGUUUACCACUCUAGUGACCAGCGUCUUCCUCGUUGUUAAGGUCAUCGUAUCUACCCUCCUUUCCCAGAAUGCCUUUGGCUAUGUGAUACCCAUCACUUCGUUUGUGGUGGCCUGGCUGGAGACCUGGUUCCUUGACUUCAAGGUGCUCACUCAGGAGGCCGAUGAUGAGAGAGCCUACCUGGCAGCGGUGAACGCAGCCUGUGAACGAGUCCCGAUGAUCUACCCCCCUGCUGUUUCAGACGGACAGUUUUACUCUCCACCUGAAUCCAUCGCAGGCUCAGAAGAAGAUCUGGAUGAGGAGGGUCUUGGACGCAGAGCUGUCACUUCACAGGAGAUGGAGUAUGUGAGUCGGGGUCGGGAGGCCAUGUCGGUGGUAGAACAGAUCCUGGCCCAGGAGGACAACUGGAAGUUUGAAAAGAACAAUGACAUGGGAGACUCCGUCUACUCUCUGGAGAUCCCCUUCCAUGGAAAGACUUUCAUUCUGAAGGCCUUCAUGCAGUGUUCUGCUGAGCUUGUGUAUCAGGAGGUGAUUCUGCAACCAGAGAAGAUGGUCCAGUGGAACAGAACUAUCGCUGCCUGCCGGAUCCUUCAGAGGGUUGACGACAACACUCUGGUGUCAUAUGAUGUCUCAUCUGGAGCAGCAGGAGGAGUUGUGUCUGCGAGGGACUUUGUUAAUGUUCGGCGAGUGGAGCGCAAACGAGACUGCUACCUGUCUGCCGGCAUGGCAACCGACCACGACGCCAAACCUCCAAUCGGCCGCUACGUCAGGGGAGAGAACGGUCCGGGAGGAUUUGCGGUCCUCAAAUCCAGCAGUAACCCGUCCGUCUGCACCUUCAUCUGGGUUCUGAACACAGACUUAAAGGGCCGACUGCCUCGCUACCUCAUCCAUCAGAGUCUGGCCGCCACCAUGUUUGAAUUCAUGUCCCAUUUACGACAACGUAUCACUGAGUUGCGGCCCUCUCUCCGCUCCCACCACCACACCUAAUACAGGAGAGACGUCCAACUGUGCCGCGCCGUGGCAGGUGGAGAGGCGUCACUACUGUUUUCUAUAAGUGGACCCUAAAAACGGGCGUAGCAGUAUAGAAGGCUGAAGGGAUGUGCCACCGUGACUUCUAAUCACGGGAGACGGGAGACGGGAGACAUGCAAACCCACAUUUCAGUCACAAGAGGAGAGGAGUUCCACCGACUGUAAAGACAUUUCCUUUUUUUAGUCGUGAUCACGUACAUAUUUUUGUGUGGACCUGUAAUUGUUUUGCCGUGCAACGAGAACCGUGUUUCCUGAACCUGCCAAGUCAUCUUGUGGCUCUGAGCCGUUCAGAAACGACAAGACUUGGGUCAAAGAUUCUCCCUGUUUGGGUCUCAGUUGUUCCAAAAGAAGUGCUGCGAUGGCAUGAAGCAGCUAUCGCUCUGGGCCUUAUCUUACUGCACUGUUAGACAUUGAUUUGCUGCCUUUUUGUUUAUUGUUGAGAUUAUUUUGGCGUGUAUGUUUUCACUACACCAUCUUAUUAGGUUUCUCUGGUGCACCAGCCCUAAAACGGAUCCACACCUCACUGCCAUAUUGACAACUAACAUUUACAUUUGACUUUGUAAAGCUAUUUCCACACUUUGUUCUCCUUUUUUGCUCCACUGUGAUUGCUGGGGUAAGAAGUCCCCUGCAGUCUAAUUGGCACUAGAUUGGGACGCCACUGACACGAUGCUCGGGUGCAAACAAAUCAGUUAACACCAAGUUUUACUGAGGGUUUUAAAUACUGCUUUUGUUUUGCACUUUGGGAUCAGCCAGUAAAUCUAACCAGGAUGCAGAUCAGGCAGCUGUUAAUUAAUCUGUGUUGCAAAUGAAUUAUCAUGACGACGACUGAAAAAUGAUGGUGUUCUUUAUUUAGGUCGCUGUGUACUUUGUUAUCUUUGGUGCUGAUGACCUUCCGUGGCCUUCCGGUAAAAUAGAUGACUCAUCAAAAGUUAUUCAUGCCCUGAUAUGAUUUACAUUGACUUUAUUCUGGCCUCCCCUCAGGCCCUGGUUUUUGACCCUGAAUUAGUUUUGUUUUCUAUAAUUUCUUACAUCAUGCAUCAUGAUGUUGUUUUUAGACAAUUAGAAAUGCCGCUUCUAUCUUAAGUUUUAGCUUAUUUUUAAAGUCUGUAUCUCCAGAAAAUCAAGAUUUGUCAUUGCAUCUGCCAAGGAGGUCAUGUUUGAUUUUUCAUGGAACUCGGUGGAAGGGUAGCAUAAGCUGAGGAUGAAUCCAUUACAUCUUGGAGCGCAUGCGACUCAAAGGGCAGAUCACUUUAUUUCUCACAUUCCACAUUGCAACAGAUGGAGCAUGGCGUCUUGUUAUUAGAUCAAACUACUAAGAGUUGAACCUUGUUCUUUCUUAUGGUUUUUCAAGCUUGACACAAAACAACUCUGUGGAACUGUUCACACACUAAAGGAGCAUCUGUUUGCGUGUAAUUGUGAGGUUCUGACUAUGUGCUCGUAGUUCACCAAAUCACAAUCGCAACAUGGCCUUGAGGCAUUUUACUAUCUAAGCCCAGGUAUUUCUGAAUGCUGUGAUCACAGUCUGAUUAUUAUUCUUUCUUAUGAAGUCCAGAACAAGUGGCUAUUGAAAUGUAACUGGAUAACUUGUGAGGAUUCCUUUUAGCUACAUACUGAAUUGAGAUAAUUUAAAAUGAAUGAAAUUAAUGUUAUCAACAAUUUGGUGCCUUUAUCACAGUAACAUUACAUGUGAGCCUUUUCUUUGCAUUUGUUAUACUGUUAAAUUAAUGCUUAAUACAUCCCAUUAUACUGUA